GAGGAGGAGAAGACGGGAUUUCGGGAGGCUCUUUGUCCACACGCUCUUUUUAGCACCCCGUCAGAGUGGGGAAAAGAAGACGCCAGUUAUCUGAAUGGGUUCAUAAGGAGUGAAGCUUUCGUCUGAAGAUUUAAAACAUGUGGUGAUCCUUUAUAACCUUGCCUCUAAGCAAAAAACAAACGAGCGGAGUGGAAGUCAACUCGCAGCGUACUGAGAAGCGUGUUGUAGCAGUAAUAUCAUGAGCUGGAGUUUCCUUACACGGCUUCUGGAGGAGAUCUCCAACCACUCCACCUUCGUGGGGAAGAUCUGGCUCACACUGCUCAUCGUGUUCCGCAUUGUCUUGACUGUGGUUGGUGGCGAGUCCAUCUACUAUGAUGAACAGAGUAAAUUUGUGUGUAACACAGGGCAACCUGGUUGUGAGAAUGUGUGCUAUGACGCAUUUGCACCGCUCUCGCAUGUCAGGUUCUGGGUCUUUCAGAUCAUCAUGAUCUCUACCCCCACCAUCAUGUACCUGGGCUUUGCCAUGCACAAGAUCGCUCGCAUGGAGGAUGAUGAGUACAGGCCACGGUCACGCAAGCGCAUGCCCAUGAUCAACCGUGGUGCCAACCGCGACUACGAGGAGGCGGAGGACAAUGGUGAGGAGGACCCCAUGAUAUGCGAGGAGAUCGAGCCUGAGAAGGAAAAGGAGCCAGAGAAGCCAACAAAGAAGCAUGAUGGGCGGCGGCGCAUCAAACGUGACGGUCUAAUGAAGGUCUACGUGUUCCAGCUGUUUUCCCGUGUUGCCUUUGAGGUGGCCUUCCUUUUUGGCCAGUACGUUCUGUAUGGCUUUGAGGUGGCCCCCUCAUAUGUUUGCACAAGGAGCCCCUGCCCCCACACUGUAGACUGCUUCGUCUCCCGUCCCACCGAGAAGACCAUCUUCCUGAUGAUCAUGUAUGCCGUGAGCUCGCUCUGUCUGUUUCUCACUGUGCUUGAGAUCCUCCACCUGGGCAUUAGCGGCAUCCGUGAUGCUUUCCGCAGUCGGGCACGCCGCCACCACCAUGUGCCCACGACUGGCCAGAGGCCCGUGAUGUGCAGUCGUGUCCCAACAGCGCCCCCUGGUUACCACACUGCCUUGAAAAAGGACAACACGGGGAAACUUGCCAUGGGCAUGAAGCCUGACUACAACCUGGGUGACUCAGGGCGUGAGUCGUUUGGCGACGAGACAUCCUCCCGUGAGCUGGAGCGGCUGCGUAGGCACUUAAAGCUGGCCCAGCAGCAUCUGGACCUGGCCUACCAGAGUGAGGAGGGCAGUCCUUCACGCAGCAGCAGUCCGGAGUCCAAUGGCACUGCUGUUGAACAGAACAGACUCAACUUUGAGAAGCAGGAGAAGCAGGGAAGCGCUUGUGAGAAAGGUAUCAGAGCCUGAAUCUGAGAUUUGCUUCUGCUUUCUUGCCUGCCAAGCCACCGUUCCAUGGUUAAGGUUGGUGGUCUAAGGAAAUGGAUAUGGACAUUCUUGAGUGUUUUUUGUAGAAUUUUUUUUUUUGUAAAGCAAUAUGACACUCUUCGUGUGAGCACACUGGUGGACUGUAAGAACAUUCUGUACAGUAUUAUAACAAGAGAGUGUCCAUCUCUGAACGUUUCAGCAGCCAGUUAUACUUGAGGGCCAGUCUGCCUAACAUUCCAAAGUACCUGAGAGCAAAUGAAACCUUUCCUCUCUGGAGGUGACUGAGUAGGGUGUUUUUGUUCUUGUUUGUUUUUUGUUUUUUUCUGUGUGUGUAUGUGUCUGUCAUAGGGAAACAUCAGUUUCUUCCAUAUGUUUAACACACUUCUUAUGAAGUGCCAAGGUUGCAUCUCAAAAAUGCCUUAAAUUUUAACUGGAGUUUACAUAUAUGUUUUUUGUCAUUCCAAAAAUAAAAGGAUGAGCCAGUGUAAAACCAUGUUAGACUUUUUGGUUAGCCUAAGUACAUAUAUAGGACAAGUAGGUUUUGUGUUUAGUAGAGAACUGUAAUUAGUACUUGCAUGUAUCUGUGAACCAGUGUCAGCCAAGGGCUUCUUAUUGUCAAAGAUGGAACGUUCUGUUACUCAGUUUUGAUUUGUAGACUUUGGGUGGGGAAGGUUGAUUUCUUCCAGUAGCAUCAACCAAGGGCCUGAGUUUAGAGUUCAUAAGAGGGUCUUCUGGUCUUGGAUCUGGUUUAUUGAUUGAAUUGUAAUUGGACUUCUGUAGUAAAGUGCAUCUUGGAGAAAGAUUUAAAAUCGAACAAUGUCUCGAUAUCGAUGUGAUCAAGUCAACGAUGAUCCAGCACUGUCGUUUACAUACGAUCCCAGACCAAAAUCACUGUUUGAGAUGUUAUUGAGAGGCGUCCAAAUGGCCCCAGUUCCAGUAUUUGAAAUAUCUAAUCCAAUCCAUUCCGUUCAUAUUUCACAUUCUGAGCUGAUUUAUUGAUGUUGCACAACAAACCCAGUCAUAGGAUUCAGUUCCAUUUUGGGUUUAUGCGUUGAGAAAUACAUGUGUGUUUCUUAGAUUUCUCUGGAUGAACUGGAAGCCAAUGUGGUUGGAGUGGAAGUUUAAUACACAGCAGUGUGCUGCGCAGGCCUGUAGUAGCAGGCAAUGUGCUAAUUCUGUCUCAGUCUCUUUGACUCAGCUGUGCUGUUCUGGAAUAUCAAAGCCACUUUUUGGUGCCUUUUGUCUGAAUGAUCAAAACAAUGAAAACCUGGAAAAUGCUUGAAUACUUGUGAAUCUUAAUUGCUGAUCUACAAGGAAGCUUUUGAUAGUUUCUUCCAUCUUGUGUGAGAUGUGUAUAUGGGGAUUUUAAGAGCGUUGCUUUAUUGUAGCAAGGACGAAAAGGCUUCUCUGUUAAGUACAAAAGGUUCACAUACUUUCUUUUUUUUUCUUUUUGUUUUUGUUUUGGGUGUUUUUGUUUUUUUUUUAAUUAAUGAUUUUUGUUCACUGCUUUUCACAAUGUCUCUUUAGCCUGAUGUGGAUUCGUCUGGCUUUUGUCAUUCUGUGUUGUGGUGCAGACAGCUGUGUACCAGCUUAUUGGUUCUGACGGUUGGAGGUGCAAGUCUCAAGCAAGGUCACAGCUCUGCAGACAUUAGCAUUUUCCCUGGUCUAAUGCUCUGAAUCAGGUGUUUGAGGCAGAACACUGAACUCUGUGGCCUUCAGCGACUGAAAUCUGACACAUGGUCUUGAAGAAUCCCUGUAGUCGGCACAACUUGGUCUAAGCUUAGUUUGUGUACAGAAAACACCCUAAAGUAAUGGUUCAUAAUGGUUUGUAUGUGGCAAAAUGCAUUUCACUCCUGUAUUGCUUCAGCAUUAAUUCAGAGGAAAGUUCUGCAGUGUCAUCCCAGUCAUCUCAAGAGUGUUUUCUUUGUUUUUUUUGUUUUUUUAACUUUAUAUUCUAUGGUUUUUAUACUU